UCUUUUAGUGUGACUUUUCUGAAGGGCUAAGAAAGAAACUUUAGAUAAUAACCAAGUAAUAGACUGCGACCUAAGAGGCCGUGAGGGAAUAUACCAUGUUUACAAUAAGAUUUUCAUUCUGUUAAUGUCUUUUCAUUGAUUAAAGUGUCACAGUUAGGAAAGGCUGUAUUAAGUUAUAUUAAUUAGUCUUUACUAUAGGCUGUUGUAUCUACAUACUUUAAGAUUAAGGCCAUCCAAAAUGUACUUUGGCCACUACAUUUAUUUAAUUUUGGGGUUUGUCAUCGGCUGCCACGAAGCCACUCCCAAAUGCAGCACGUAACGACAGAUGGUGGAAAGACAGGCAGUGCACCUUUGCGAGGAAAAAAAAUGCAUUUAAAAUCUUUGUGAUGAGGACGCAGUUGAAGGUCAAGUCACACAAUAGGUGACAAGUAGAGCAGCAGUUAUCAGAUAAACUAAUAGUUAAAGUUAAAAAAUAAAGUAUAGUAGUAUACAGUAUCGUUUGCCCUGUUAAUCAAAAUGAUUAAUCAUACUCGCAGGUGCUUUUAGUUAAUUAGUUAGAGUUAUGCUCAUCUAGCUAGAGUUAAAGUAUACAGUAUACAGGCUGGAUUGUAAAAACAUCAUAAACACUUUAUUGCCAGGUACUCCUAGACAUUAUGCAUAAACACAGCAUUAUACUGGAGAAACUGACCAAAGACAAGCAUUACUGGUGUCAUGAAGUAUCACAUUAGAAAGUAACUAGCCAAAAACGUCUAGUCUGAAAAAAGGACUGUUGAAAAGUUUGUAAUUAGCUUUUUUUGUUUAUGUACCAUAUAAUAUUUAUUUUAUAAAGUGAGUUUCUACAACCUAAAAGCAUCAAAGGCCAUUCAAACUAACUGAAUAGUCAUCGGAAACAGCUGACUGAACAAUACCAAAAUAAAAAAUAAAAAGAGUCAUAUGUUACAUUUACAAAGAGAGGAGGCGGAGACUCCACUUCCUUACACGGGAUGUUGGGUGUAGAGACACGGGGCGAACAAGAUAGACGCGCCUUACCGACUGAUGAUCUUAACCUUAUAAGGUCAUUUUAGCAUAGAUCAUUUGAACUGUUAGUUUAGACAAUUUAUUCAUGUCUAACUCUGAGAGACUCUUCUGAAUUCAGCUGGGUGAGUUUUGAUAAGAUCUCUUUUUCUGUGCUAAAUUGUUUAAACUGAUAUUCAGUUUCUAGUUUGUGGUUUUAAGGUGUAUACUUAUUCACUGUCUUUGCUUUCUACUUACGUUUUGGGGUAAUGACAUUCUCUAGUUUAUUUCUGCCCUGCAAUCAGCGAUGUAAAAUCAUCCCAACUAACUGCUCAUACUUUCUAUUGCGUGCUUUUUACUGUGUUACUAUUAAACAGCUGUGCUGCAGACUCAAGUUAAAAACAAAAGGAUUCUGCAUGAGAUGAUGCAAUGUUUUACACAGCAGCUACCGGUUUUGAGUCAUUUACAGCACGUUGUGGUUUUCAUCCAUUACUUUCACUUUUAACUACAGAUUAAAAUGUGAUAAAAGUUGGGUUAGCAUUCCUGUGGUAGUCCAGUUUUCAUGUAAAAUACCAUCUUUUAUUAGGCCCUGCAAUGCAAAAAAAAUUCAGGCACUUUGUAAAACAUAAAUAGAAGCAAAGCAAUUACUUGCAUAUCCUCUCUGACCUAUAGUAUAUUGAAUACAGUGUAAAGAGACAAGAUAUUUAAAGUUCAAACUGAUAAACUUUAUUGCUUUUUGUAAAUAUACACUCUGAAUUUAAUUUUGGGCUUCAUAAUGCUCCAUGCAUGUUCAGUGGGAGAAAGGUCUGGCAUGCAGGCAGGCCAGUCUAGUACCCGCAUUUUUUACUACUAAGAAUCUGUCUGUAUGGUGCUGAACCCUGUGCUAAAAACAAUCUAGACGCUGAUCUUCCUCUUUAGCCCAGAGGACACGACAUCGAUGAUUUCCGAAACAGUGUGAAACUUUGACUCAUAUGACCACAGCAUACUUUUCCACUAUGUGUCACUAUGCUGUUGAUGACUUUCACUUCACAUAGCAUAGAGUCUUAACUUGCAUUUGUAGGUUUAGUGACAAACUGUGUUUGUUUACUGACCCAAGCAUGAGUCGAUGUAAGCCUAGGUACUCCGUUAAGGUUUAAAAAAAAAUGUCUAGAUUGGGUCAACUUUAAGGUAAGAGGAUCUUUGUCGUUAUUGUUACAAUUAAAACACUUGGUCUCUAACCUCAUGUGACCAGCAUCUUUCUAAACUGUUUUUAAGGAAGACGCUGAAUAUGUAAUGUGCUCCUGCUCACUGCUGACCUCAGAUAUCACAGUUUAAUUUCCAGGAAAGAAAAUGGUGAAGUGUAGUAUCUAAUCAUUAUUACUUUCAUAUCACAGGCUUAGCUGCUCCCAUCAGCGUCCAGGGUUAUCGACUGACCAUUGAUGAACAUUGUUUUUUGGUGACAACUUGCUUUUGUUCCUUUGGAGUUUGAACCCAAAAAUUCACAGAGCCAUAAUGGCAAAAUUCAAACAGGAGCUCUGGAAAUCUCUGCAGGACUUGAGAGAAGAAGAAUUUGAGAAUUUCAAGUGGUUCCUGAAGGAGGAUGACAUUUUGGAGGGCUUGUCGGGCAUCCCAGUGGCUCAGCUGGAGAAGGCAAAAAGGCAGGAUGUAGUGGAUCUAAUGGUACAGAAAUAUCAGGGCCCUGGAGCUCUGAAGGUAGCCAUGAACGUUUUAGAAAACAUCAAUAGGAAUGAUCUGGUGCAGCGUCUUCAAAACUUCCACUUGGAACCAAAACAUGGUGCUAAGAGAGAAGAGUAUAAUAAAAAGAAGCCCGAACUAGAGUGGGUCCGGCAGUUUGCAGUGGAUGUGACUCUGGAUCCUAAAACAGCACAUCCUCAUCUCAUCCUGUCUGAUGAUGGGAAACAAGUAGGCCAUGGUGAUGUAAGGAAGAAUUUACCGAACAACCCUGAGAGAUUCAACAAAUGUGUGAACAUCUUGGGAAAGCAGGGUUUCUCUUCUGGGAAAUUUUACUUUGAGGUUCAGGUUAAAGGAAAGACUGCCUGGGGUUUGGGAGUGGCCAAAGAGUCAAUCAAGAGGAAAGUCCAGAUCACAGCAUGCCCAGAGAACGGCUACUGGACUAUAAUGCUGAGGAAUGAAGAGUAUGAAGCUAAUGAUGAUGAUCCAGUCCAUCUCUCUUUGAAUCACCGUCCUCAGAGGGUGGGAGUGUUUGUGGACCAUGACAAGGGUCUGGUCUUCUUUUAUGAUGCAGAUACAGGAGAUGUUCUCUACUCUUUCACUGGCUGUUCCUUCACUGAGAAAAUCUACCCAUUCUUGACUCCCUUUACUAAUGACCAUGGUGCAAAUGCUGCCCCUCUGAUUAUCUCUCCCGUCAAUUACUUUGGUGAUCAGGAAGAGCAAGACAGAAAGAAAGCUGAGCUGUUGAGCGUCCAGCAGUUUGCUGUGGAGGUGACUCUGGAUCCCAAAACAGCCCAUCCGAAUCUUGUCCUGUCUGAUGAUAACAAGCAAGUGUAUCACGGUGAUGUGAGGAAGAAACUACCAAACAACCCUGAGAGAUUUUACAGAUGUGUCAACAUCUUAGGGAAGCAGAGUUUUUCUUCAGGAAGAUUUUACUUUGAGGUUCAGGUUAAAGGAAAGACAGCCUGGACUGUAGGAGUCGCCAAGGAGUCGAUUGAAAGGAAAGGAAGAAUCACACUGGAUCCUAAAUAUGGUUUCUUUACUGUUCACUUUGAGAAUGGGGAUGAGUGCCAAGCUAUUGAUGACCCUUUAGUGCAUCUUCCUCUGACGUCACAUCCUCAAAAAAUUGGAGUGUUUGUGGACUACAACGGGGGUCUGGUCUCCUUUUAUGAUGUAAAGUCUGCAGCUCUUCUGUACACCUUUACUGGUUGCUCCUUCAAUGAGAAGAUCUACCCAUUCUUCAGUCCCUGUACUAAUGACAAAGGUAUAAACUCUGCCCCCUUGAUCGUUUGCCCUGUUAAUCAAAAUGAUUAAUCAUACUCGCAGGUGCUUUUAGUUAAUUCAGUUAGAGUUCUGCUCAUCUAGCUAGAAUUAAAAUACAAAUCUCAGCAGGCCAUGGAGCAUAAAUACAGUUGCUGUAAGAAUAAUUCAAAGAACAAAGUACCUUUUGAAGAGAGGGUCAGACUUUUGUUUGUAUCUUGUAUUCAACUAGCACAAUGGCAAAGAUGUAUGCACUAGACUGCGGCUCAGGCUACAUAUUUCUGUCCAAACCAUACCUGAGUCCCACAGAGUAGUGACACAGCCCAACCCAAACCCAAGAACCUUUCUGUUUUCCAUGUCCAAACCCAUCAUUUUCUUGUAUAUAACACUGUGUUUGAAUGUAUAUAAUGUAUGGAAUAGUAUCAUUCCUUUAUUCCAGACUCAGGGUCCAUAUAAAAAAUAAAAUUACAAGACAAACAUCAAAUACAAUAAAUAGAGUAAAAUCAUGUCAUAAAAAUAGAUAUAUACUAAUAUUUAUGUGUCAGUCCCCACAUUAGAUUAUGAGAUCAUAUUGAACUAAAUCAAUUCUGAGCCUGGCGCAGUUACUGUAAAACAAUGCUGCUGCAACACACAGGCUACCCUCUUUGCACUGCCACGUUUAUUGCUGUGUGUCACUUUAACAACAAGCCGAAAGUCAAUGUAGCGAGGAAGGAGGUAUUAAGUGGGAAGCGAAGCAUAAUUUCUCAAUACUUGUCCAGGAAAAGAGUCUUUUAAUUAGAACCUGUGGUUAAAAAAAAUAAAAAUAAAGACUGCAAUGCCUCUGUUUUUAAAAUUAU